ACACAGCAUGUCCCUGGUGUUCAGCCUGCAGAUGUGGAAGAGGUUCUUCAGAAGGGUGUCAAAACGCUAGUGAUAGGUCGUGGCAUGAGCGAGGCCUUGCAGGUGCCGUCGGCUACAGUGGAGUAUCUUAAGAAGCACGGGAUUGACGUGAUGGUCCUGCAAACUGAGAAGGCUGUGAAAGAAUAUAAUAUCUUGGCUUCCCAGGGAGCCAGAGUGGGCGGUGUCUUCCAUUCUACCUGCUAGAGGGCUAACCACAGAUCGUCUCUGUCUUCCACCUGUUCCUUUGGGUGAAUAAAAAGGAGCAUUUCUCUGCUGUACCAAUUUUUGAACGCUUUCCACAGAGGAAUAAAACAAUUUGCAAA